AUGACCUGGCCAAGCUACGUGUGCUUACACCAUUCCCUCUUAACUCCCUCUUCUCUCGCUGUGCCUCCCCUCCCCCCACCGCCAGACCGCAGUCUGGGGUACGUCCCCCCCAUGACCAAGGACCUCAAUCCCGCCAAGCUGCCCAAUCUCAACACCACGCUCGACCCCGCCUCGCAGAAGAUCACGUGGGAUUUCAAGAAGAGCGUGAACCACAGCAAGUAUUUUCCUGAAGACGAUUUCGACCAGGGCAACUGCGGAGCCUGCUGGGCGUACGCAUCAGCGCGGGCGGUGCAGGGUGCGUAUGCGAAGCUCAAAGAGACGGACGAUGAUGUGUUCCCCAGCGGAAUGAGCCCAUCGGUGCAGCACCUGGUGGACUGCACGGGCGCUGCUGCCUCGUGCCGGGGGGGUUACCCCGAGGCUGCCCUGCAGUAUGCCGCCAAGAUCGGGCUGCGGGACGAGGCGGGAUAUGCCUACACGGGGGCGAGCGGCAAGUGCAGUGUUAACGAGGACUCGGAAUUCUUCAACAUCAGCAUGUACGAGCAGGUGCCGCUGCCGCCGGGGCCGCUGGGGCUGGUGGCUGGCCAAUGCUCCCUCCCUCUUCCUUACCGUGUGCUUUCUCUUCCCCACCACCCCUCACGACCCCUCACCACCCCUCUCCACCGCUCUCAGGAUUUUUUCAACAUCUCGAUGUACGAGCAGGUGCCACUUCCGGGGCCGCUGGGGCUCAUUCUCGCGCUGCAGAAGCAGCCCGUCAUCGUCACCAUCCGCGCCUCCUCCCAGGACUUCAUCGACUACGCGGUGAGUUGGUAUGCUGCUGCAGCUGCUGCUGCUGCUGCUGCUGCUGCUGCUGCUGCUGCUGCUGCUGCUGCUGCUGCUGCCGCCGCUGCUGCUGCUGCUGCUGCUGCUGCUGCUGCUGCUGCUGCUGCUGCUGGCGAGACUUCGAGGGAUUUAACCACACUUCCUCUUUCCCACCCACCCUCCCUGCCUUCCUCCCUCCCUCCGCCCCUCACAGGAGGGCAUCUACGAGGCCUUGAACUGCUACAGCCCCGUGGGGGAGGUCUGGGAGGACACGCAGAGCGGGAGGGCAUUUACGAGGGCUUGAACUGCUACAACCCCGUGGGGGAGGUCGUUGUGGAUACGCGGGGCAACGGGUUCAGGGCGACAGCUACAGCCACCAACAACACGGGGCUGCUGGACCACGUGAUGCUGGCCGUGGGGUACAACUACGAUGUGCUGGGCAGCGCGCAGAAUUACUUCAUUCUGAAGAACCGCUGGGGCCCGCAGUGGGGCGAGAAUGGGUACAUGCGGAUCCGCAUGGAGCGUGAUCCGUUCGGCACGUGCGGCAUGCUGGUCAACCGCGGGCUCUACCCCGUUGUGAACUCCCGCCAGACCACGGACCCCUGCGGCACGUCGCCGUACGGGGGCGGCACGUGUGUGGCGGACACAAGUGGUAACGGCAAGUACACAUGUCAGUGCUCGGACCUGCUAGCACCCGCUGAAAACCGCGACGGCACACCCACCUGCAUUAUCAGUGAGUGGGCCCUUGUGAGAACGCAUGCUGCCAUCUUGCUCGCUUGUCCCCUCCACUUUGCAUUCAACUCCUUUCCCUUCAACCUUUCCUUCCACCCUUUCCCCCCACCCUUUCCUUCCACCCUUUCCCCCCACCCUUUCCUUCCACCCUUUCCCCCCACCCUUUCCUUCCACCCUUUCCCCCCACCCUUUCCUUCCACCCUUUCCCCCCACCCUUUCCUUCCACCCUUUCCCCCCACCCUUUCCUUCCACAGCCGACAUCUCCAUUGUGCUGCCCAGCAACCCCUGCAGCGGUUACCUGCUCUCACUCCCCCACUUCUCUCUCUUUCUCCUUGUCCCCUCCCACAGUUGACAUCUGCAGUGUGUUGCCCAACAACCCAAAUGUCGUGGCCCAGUGCAUCAACGGUGGCAAGCAUCGCAUAUCCCGUCUCAUUCCCCCCAAUCCUCUCUCAUUCUCCCUCUCCCAUUUAUCCUUCCUUUUCAGUUGACAUAUGCAGUGUGCUGCCCAGCAACCCGUGCGUCAUCGGGCAGUGCAUCAACAGCGGCGACGGCGGCUACUCGUGCCACUGCCCGCCCAACUACAAGACCAGCACUCUCGCCUCCGGCCAAAUUACUUGCGUGCCUGAGAUGUCAACGAGUAGUGCAGCAGCGGUGCAGGGCACGUACACAGUGCAGGGGGGGGAGACGUGUGGCGCCAACUUUGGCUUCAUCGGCCUCACCCAGGACCAGUUCCUCCUGCAAAACGAGGGAGUGGACUGUGAAGAUCUUGGGGCGGUGCUCAACAUCUCCAUCCCCUCCUCGGCUCAAGUGUGUUACAUGUCACCCAGGUGCGUUACAUGUCACCCAGCCAUGAACUCUCACUUUUCCUCCCCCCCUCCUCCCCCUCCCGUCUCAACCCCUUCCUCAUUCCCCCCUCCCCCUCAACCCCUUCGGUGCUCAAUUUCCCCCCCCCUCGCCCCUCAGCCCCUCAGCUCCCCUGCCCACCCCCCUUCCCCCUCCCCUGUCCCCCAGGCGGAUGCGGCAGCACAGAGCUGUGAUCCCAUCAACACCCGCUUCGGCAUAGACGUCAUGACCAUCAACCCCAACCUCGACUGGACAACCCUGGUGCCCAACCAGCAAGUGAGGGGAGUGGGGAGUGACGGGCGUAUCAUGGGCUUUAGGAGCAGCGGGCUACAACCCGUGCACGGAGUACCAGCCAGUCACCCAGCGAACCACCUGCACCCCUCUCCUCUCACUGUCCUACGCUCUCUCUCGCCCUCACCUCAGAUCUGCAUUCAAGUUGGAGACGCGGUGUCAGGAGCAGCGGACUACAAUCUCUGCACGGAGUAUCAGCCGGUCACGCAGUGGUUCACGUGUACCAGCGCCGUCGCAAACUACGGCAUGACGUGGUUCGACCUCUACCGCCUCAACCCCGGCAUCAACUGCGACUCUCUCAGCACGCUCACAGGCUCUGAGAUUUGCACGGCUGGCACGCCGAUGGGAGCGGUGGCGUGCGGUAAGGCGCGGUCGAAGACGGUGGCGAACCGGCGGUACACGGUGGGGGCGGGGGACAGCUGUGCGUCGCUGGUGGUGGUGCAGUUCCAGCGCCAGCCGCCGCUCAUGGGCGAACUCAACCGCGGCUGGAUGUGCCGCUCCCAGUCCCUCUUCGCCGGCAUGCCCCUCUGCGUCCCCUCUUAG